AUGGUCUCGUCGGAUUGGUGGUGUUUCGACACUGGAUCGACCGUACACAUUGUCGGUGACAAGGAUCUUUUCGUGCAUUUAGAGGAGAUCAAUCCCGAUGAUUUCGAUGCUAAAGUGCAAGGUGUAGCAGCGACAACACUCACCAAGGCAUCUGGAACCGGAACAGUGAAAAUUGUCACUGAAGUGAAUGGUCGAGAAGUCGAGCUCUUCAUCGAUGAUGUUCUCUAUGUGCCGGAUGCAAAACACGGUCUGUUCUCCACUAGUCUCGCUAUGGACCAGGGCUUCGAGAUCGACUAUGACCGAAAGACGAAGGAGUACAGUGUGCACAAGGAUGGGCAGCAAGUCAUCCACGCAGUGCGUGAGCAAGGGCUGUGGCUGUUCCGUACGAAGGGCAGCGCGCUUGUGAAGCCAGAUCAGCGUGCAGAGCGAGCCGUCGUUAACUACGCCGUCGUGGAUGGCGUCGGUAGUCUACAGGUGUGGCAUGAGCGCUUGGCACACGUGAAUGGGCAGUAUCUGAAGGUAAUGGUCGACCGUGGGCUCGUCAAGGCAGAAGACGUGCGACGCGUGCCACAUCGGCAAACAGAAGCAGAAGCGGCGUCAGCAGAAAUUGGAUCGUGA